AUGUUCACAUUAUCUAUCUAUCUAUCUAUCUAUCUAUCUAUCUAUCUAUCUAUCUAUCUAUCUAUCUAUAUAUAUAUAUAUAUAUAUAUAUAUAUAUUAGAUCAAUGUGAGCCAGGUCUGGAUGCAAUAGACGGAAAACCGGGACCUGUUGGCCCGCUGGGCGAAAAAGGCGAAAGAGGUAUUGAUGGGAAGCCUGGACCAAGAGGACAAGCAGGAGCACGGGGACCGAUUGGACCCGCUGGAGCGACCGGAGCUGAUGGCGCCCCCGGAGAAGCUGGACCAAGAGGUCAACAAGGAAAGACUGGACCUGUUGGACCCGAGGGUAUCAGUGGAAAAAAAGGUGACCAAGGUUUAGCCGGCCCUCAGGGACCUCGAGGAGUAAUGGGUCCACCCGGAUUGGCUGGACCAAGUGGACGCGAUGGCCGAAACGGAAAACCAGGAAAAGACGGAAAACCUGGAAUACAAGGACCCAUUGGAAAACCAGGAUGUAAAGGAGAUCGGGGAGAACCCGGAGAACUUGGAUUGCCAGGAUUGAAGGGAGAACCUGGACUUGUAAACUUGACUCUAACUGAGGAUGAACUCGUUGACAUUUUUAUCAAAUUUCCGGGAUUCAAAGGUGAACCUGGUAUCCCUGGAGAGUCUGGUUCAGCGUUUGCAAACAUCACUGACUUGGCUGUAUUGGCUGAAUUGGCUGGACUCAAAGGCGACCGGGGUCCGCCUGGUCCACCAGGCAAAAGGGGUAAGAAAGGUGAAAUCGGAAGAGCUGGUUCCAGGGGUGAAAAAGGUUUGCCUGGACCACCCGGGCCAUUAAAAGAAGGCCCCGUAGGAAAAGACGGCCGAGACGGACCACGUGGACCACGAGGAGAAGAGGGACCCAAAGGUGAUAGGGGAGAGAAAGGUGACUCUGGUGGACCACCCGGUGAACCCGGAGUCCCAGGAGAACCAGGAAGAGAUGGAGAACCGGGCUUACCCGGAGCAUGCUGCAACUUAACGGCUCAGGAACUUAAAGAAGGUGGCAUUAUACCUGGAUGGGCAGGUUUGACAGGUGAAAAAGGAGAGAAAGGAGCAGUCGGCUUACCCGGAAUUGAUGGUUUACCAGGAGAGAUGGGAGAGGUUGGAUUACCUGGGGAAAGAGGAGAAAAGGGAGAUGCUGGAUUGCCUGGAUUACCUGGAUUGCCUGGUCCAACAGGUCCACCAGGUCCCCCUGGAAUACCAGGAAAUGCGACAAAAGGUAUGAAAGGAGAACCAGGAAGUAUUAUAUCAGCAGACUGUAAGGACGAAAACUGCCUUGAUUUGCGGGGAGAAAAAGGUGAAACUGGUAUUGGAAUUCCUGGUGAACCUGGUACGUAUAGAAAAACAAUUUUUGUUCUUUUUUUCUGUCUUUCUUUCUUUCUUUUUUCGUAUCUAUCUAUCUAUCUAUCUAUCUAUCUAUCUAUCUAUCUAUCUAUAUAUAUAUAUAUAUAUAUAUAUAUAUAUAUAUAUUCAUAUCUAUAUCUUUUCUAUCUAGCUAUUUCAUUCUGUCUAUUUAUCUCAGUCUGUUCAUAUCUAUCUAUCUAUCUAUCUAUCUAUCUAUCUAUCUAUCUAUCUAUCUACUUAUCUAUCUAUCUAUCUCAAUCUUCUCAUGCGUAUCUAUCUAUCUAUCUAUCUAUCUAUCUAUCUAUCUAUCUAUCUCAAUCUUCUCAUGCCUAUUUCAUUUCUGUCUAUUUAUCUCAGUCUGUUCAUAUCUCUCUAUCUAUCUAUCUAUCUAUCUAUCUAUCUAUCUAUCUAUCUAUCUAUCUCAAUCUUCUCAUGCGUAUCUAUCUAUCUAUCUUAAUCUUCUCAUGCGUAUCUAUCUAUCUAUCUAUCUAUCUAUCUAUCUAUCUAUCUAUCUAUCUAUCAUCUCAUGCCUAUCUAUCUAUCUAUCUAUCUAUCUAUCUAUCUAUCUAUCUAUCUAUCUAUCUGCUAUGCUUACUUUGUGAAUCCAGACGAAAGACCUUGAUCAGAGAUGUCUACUAA